CCUGCGCCGAGUACUGAUGCACAGCAAAUCGGCAACAUGAGUAAAGCUAAAGAUAAAAGUUCUAAAAAGAGAAAUAUUGAAGAGGACGAAGAACAGCUCCCCAUUUUCGACAAUAAUAAUAAAAAUGCCGGAGCUCUUGAUAAUGAUGAAGGAGACAGUGAUGUAUCCGACAGCGAAGAGAGUGUGUUCUCUGGAUUAGAGGACUCGGGCAGCGAUAGUGAUGAUGAUGAUGAUGAUGAUGACGAUGAUGUCGAGGAAGAGGAUGCCGACGAAGACUUGGACAACGAAGACGCAAACGUAAAAGCAAACGGACAGAGUAGCGGUGAUGCUGAGACAACUGAGCGUCCCUCUGACGAUGUCAGUAAACCCAAGCAUGAUGAGAAAUCCUCAAAGGGGAAGAGGAUGAAGAAGAAGGAGAGAAAGAAAGAGAGAGGGGAGGGGGAGGAAAAGGAGAAGUCUGACGGAGAUGCUGGGCUCAAGGUCUUGGCUCAGGUGGAUGAGUACGAACACGACACGUCAGACGAAGAGGACAUCCGGAAUACAGUGGGCAACAUUCCCAUGGAAUGGUACAAAGACUACCCACACGUCGGCUACAACCUGGACGGAAAGAAGAUCUUCAAGCCAAUCAGAAAUAAGGAUGAGUUGGACGAGUUUUUGGACAAGAUGGAGAAUCCUGAUUACUGGCGCACGGUGCAAGACAAGAUGACGGGCACAGACAUCCGCCUGUCGGACGAGCAGGUGGACCUGGUGCACCGUCUCCAGGAGGGGAAAUUCGGAGACGUCAACUUCAACGAGUACGAGCCUGCUGUGGACUUUUUCUCUAAUGAAGUGAUGAUCCAUCCAGUGACCAACAGACCAAUGGACAAACGCAGCUUCAUCCCUUCACUUAUAGAGAAAGAGAAGGUCAGCAAGCUGGUCCAUGCCAUUAAAAUGGGCUGGAUCAAACCACGCAAGCCUAAGGAAACAGAACCACAGUACUAUGACUUGUGGGCCAAGGAGGACCCAGAUGCCAUCCUGGGACGCCACAAAAUGCACGUACCUGCCCCUAAGAUGCGCCUCCCUGGACACGAGGAGUCUUACAACCCCCCGCCUGAGUAUCUGCUCUCAGAGGAAGAGAGACUGGCCUGGGAACAGCAGGAUCCAGAGGAGAGGAAGUUGAAUUUCUUGCCUCAGAAGUACCCAUGCCUGCGUGCCGUGCCCGCCUUCUCACGUUUCAUCCACGAGAGAUUUGAGCGCUGUCUCGACCUCUACCUGUGUCCUCGACAGCGCAAGAUGAGGGUGAAUGUCAAUCCAGAGGAUCUCAUUCCAAAAUUACCCAAACCCAAGGAUCUCCAGCCCUUCCCCACCACACAGUCUCUGGUCUAUCUUGGUCACACCAGCCUGGUGCGUUGUAUCAGCGUGUCUCCAACUGGACAAUGGCUGGUCUCAGGCUCGGACGACAGCACGGUGCGUUUUUGGGAGGUGGGCACAGGCCGCUGCGUGAAGACGCUGGAGGUGGGCGGGGCCGUGAAGAGCGUGGCGUGGAACCCAAACCCCGCCGUCUGCCUGGUCGCAGUCUCCUUUGAGGGGACCGUGUUGCUGGUAAACCCGGGCCUGGGUGACAAACUGGUGUGCAGUGCGACGGAUCAGCUGAUCUCCUCAUACGAGCCUCCAGUGGAGCAGAGGGAGCAGCCGGUGCAGUGGAACGAAGCCGAGAGCAGAGAACAGGAACUGGGCCACAGACUGGUCCUCCAACACCCUAAGGCGGUGAAACAGGUAACCUGGCACGGUAAAGGAGACUACCUGGCCUGCGUGAUGCCUGAUAACAGCAGUCACUUGCAGGUAGUCAUCCACCAGGUGAGCAAGCGGCGCACGCAGAACCCUUUCCGCAAGAACAAAGGUCUGGUGCAGUGUGUAUCCUUCCACCCCGUCCGGCCCUACUUUUUCGUGGCCACGCAACGCUACGUGCGCGUCUACAACCUCAUCAAACAGGAGCUGACCAAGAAACUGAUGGCCAACUGUAAAUGGAUCUCCAGCAUGGCCAUUCAUCCCGGAGGCGACAACCUAAUCUGUGGAAGCUACGACUGUCGUCUGACCUGGUUUGAUCUGGAUUUGGCCACCAAGCCCUACAAAGUGCUUCGGCACCAUAAGAAGGCUCUGAGGGGCGUGGCCUACCAUAAGAACUACCCCCUGUUUGCAUCGGGUUCUGAUGAUGGCAGUGUUAUCGUCUGCCACGGAAUGGUGUAUAACGACCUUCUCCAGAAUCCCCUCAUCGUUCCAGUGAAGGUUCUGAAAGGUCACACCAUCACCCAUGACCUUGGAGUACUAGACGUGACCUUUCACCCCACCCAGCCCUGGGUGUUCUCCUCGGGGGCAGAUGGAACAGUCCGCCUGUUCACCUAACCACCUCUGUUCCAACCCCGCCCACUUUGCAACUGUCUCCGCCCUAUAAUCAUUGACCCCUCCCCUCCGGUGACAGACCCCAUAUUUGGACAUCCAGACUCGCAUCAACGUUGCAGAAACUGUGACCAACUCAGACUGAAUCUCAAUCUUGAGUAUGAAUGUUUGUUUGCAUGUUGUAAAAUGUCUCCAUUUUUGUAUUCUGAUAUUGAGACACAAGUUAGAAGAAUCAAGUGCCUAAUUUGUACAUAUCUGCAUCUGUCAGUAAUAAACGCCUCACCUCGAAACAAAACAAAACCCAACCAGGACUGUGCAGGAUCCACCCAAUUGUAACGGACAGUGUAAAACAAGACAGGUUUGAUUUCCAACGCCACCCUAAACCCGGAGCUUUUACCGGCGCUCGUCUCUGCAUCAGGCACUCAGCCAGUAACACACAACUGCUAAUCUUCAGAGGAAAAAGACAGGUCACGAGAAGAGAAAACAAAACAAAACGGCGUAGUACGUGUUUGUGGGCAAAGCUGUGCCAAAGGCAACAGACCGACAGAGGAACAAAGCGGAUGUUAAGACGCGCCAGACCCUUCUGUUCUGCUGUUAAAAACGUCAUUCGUUUAAAGAGUCGAAACGCAAAUCACAAGUUGCGUGUGAAGUUUCCCCCUCAGAGUCAGCAUCGAUGACCAGCCACCCAACGCCGUGUCGUCUUUUUUUUUGUUUUGUUUUAGAAAAACAAAAUGUUUUGAGUUUUGACAUCUUUAUCCCUU